GAUGUUGUCAUGAUAACGGGUCAUCUUUGCCGAUAACAUGACCACCAGUCCGAUCCAAGAGGAGGAGCUGACCACUCCUAAUGAUCUUGCACAUUCAACAGAGGCAACUAGCAAACAGCAAGACACAAGAGUUGAGGCGCUGGACCCAGCGUGCUUAUUGCCACAACACCAAAUCAACCUAUGGCGACUAGUCAUCAAACCUAGCAUCAUCACACCAGAAGUAUGGCACGCGGCCUAUCCAGGCCAUGGAACAGAAAAUGAACCCUUUGUGGUUGAUUUCCUACCCAAUGAUCCAUUAAACCCACAAAAUUGGCCGGGAUCCCGGAAGUGGUUCUGUGUUGCUAUCGUGGCAAUUGCGACGCUGGGAGUUUCGUAUUGUACAUCCGCAUAUCUCAGUGCUUUGCCUCAACUUCGAGAGCAUUUCAACGUGUCGGAUCAGAUCAUCACCCUCGGCCUCUCUUUUUUCAUCCUGGGAUUUGCUUUGGGACCUCUGCUGUGGGGGCCCUUGUCCGAGGAAUAUGGCAGACAGCCAUGCUAUAUUGGUACCUACACCGUCUUGACACUCUUCAAUAUUGGGGUCACGGUGUCGAAUUCAAUUAGUACCAUCAUCGUCCUACGUUUCUUUGCCGGUGCUUUUGGUGCUUCGCCACUAGCAAACUCUGGUGGUGUCGUAGCCGACAUGUUUCGUUCUCAAGACCGAGGCGUUGGUAUCGCCGCCUGGUCUGCUUGUGCAUUCAUUGGUCCGGCGAUCGGACCUAUUGUUUCCAAUUUCGUGGCCGAAUACGCUGGUUGGAGAUGGGUCAUGGGCAUCAUGACCAUCUUCGCUGCUGUCAUGUGGAUCGUUGGUAGUCUCCUCGUUCCCGAGACAUAUGCUCCUGUGAUUCUUCGAAGGCGAGCUCGAAAGCUAUCUCAAUUGACAGGAAAACGACAUAUUUCCAUUUACGAACAAAGGUCUGGAACAUCUCAAAACACAUCCGAAAAGAUUCGAAAAGUCCUCAUCCGGCCAUGGGUAUUACUAUUCCACGAACCAAUAGUUAUGUUGAUUUCGGUGUACAUGGCCAUUCUAUACGCUACCCUAUUCCUCCUCCUGGGAGCCUUUCCCGUCGUCUUUGCCGAAACUCGAGGUUGGAGUCAAGGUAUCAGUGGUCUUCCAUUCAUUGGUAUUUGUAUCGGCAUGAUCUCUGGUGCAGGACAUAUGAUUUACGAUAACCGACGAUAUCUCAACCACAUCCAAAGACCCGAUGGCGAAGUCCCUGAAGUUCGUUUACCUCCUGGCCUGCUCGGCGCUGUCAUCACACCUCUUGGGAUGUUUCUCUUUGCUUGGACCAAUUACCCUUCCAUUCAUUGGAUAGUCUGCCUGAUUGGCAUUGCAGUCUUUUGUCACGGUUCGGUCUUGGUCUUUCUUUCGGGCAUGAACUAUCUGUUGGAUUCUUAUACGAUUUUCGCCGCCUCAGUUUUGGCUGCCAAUGCACUUCUUCGUGCCGUCUUGGCUGCAGCAUUUCCACUCUUUACAAGACAAAUGUACCACAAUCUCGGCAUCCACUGGGCAUCGUCGAUUCCGGCCUUCCUGGCCUUAUCUUGCAGUCCAGCGCCAUUCAUCUUUUACAGAUACGGCAAACAAAUCAGGAUGAAAUGUAAAUAUGCGGCUCUUGCUUAUGAAUAUGGCUUAAUUCAGAAAAAUGCCGCUAGAAAACCGCCAGAAACGACCGAGGUCAAGGUCACGGUAGGAUAGGUCCAAAGUUAAGACACUUUCUGCGUCAGCGUACAGGCAUACAGAAGGAGUUUGGUUAUGAUCAGUCACAUGUGCACGUAUUCUUAGUCUAUAAAAUCUCAACUGACCUGA